AUGUGUCACACCAGCUGCUCCUCAGGCUGCCAGCCAGCCUGCUGUGUGUCCAGCCCCUGCCAGCCAGCCUGCUGUGUGUCCAGCCCCUGCCAGCCUGCUAUAUGCAUUCCUGUGAGAUACCAGGUGGCCUGCUGUGUGCCUGUGAGCUGCAGGCCCACUGUGUGCAUGGCUCCCUCCUGCCAGUCCUCUGUGUGUGUGCCUGUGAGCUGCCGGCCUGUCUGUGUGAGCUCCUCCUGCCAGUCCUCUGGGUGCUGCCAGCCCUCCUGCCCCACCCUGGUCUGCAGACCUGUCACCUGUAGCACCCCUUCCUGCUGCUGA